CGUCGCGCGCACACGCCGCAGCACAGAGAUCGAUUGGAGACGCGAAACUGGGUGAAACGAACCGGUCUAAGCUCCUUACCCGGAAGCUAUAAGAUUAGCUGCUACUGAUAAAUCCAGCCUUCAAAAAUGCUCUCUCAAACAAGACACCUGACCGCAGCGAUGCGCAGCGUGCACGCGAGAAGCUUUUUCAGCUUCCUGAAGGGCGGCGGCGGCAACACCUCGCCGCCGGCAUCGCUCGAAGGCAAGGUCUGCUGGGUGGUGGGAGGCGUCGACACCGUCAGCGGCGGUGCGCAAUCAAGUUUACACGACGCCUUCGCUGCGUGGCGUGGCGGUGCAAAAAAGGACUCACUGGUCGAUUGCACACAGGUCGGCCGCAACCUCGUCCGCGGGCUGCUAGAUGCGGGAGCCCUGGUCGUCGUCAACUCGCGGACGGCGAGCCGCCUGGAACACCUCGCCGAGACGCUGGGCCAGCCCGACCGCCUCGCGACGGUCCACGGCUCCCUGCUCCCGGAAAAUGCCGACAAGACCAUCUCGAACGUCAUGAAUCUGACAGCUCAGCGCCUCGACCACGUCGUGGCGCACGCGGGCGUGCGCUGGUGGGCUGGCCGCGGCAAGUGCGACGAGACGAACACGCUGGCCAAGGACCGCCUCUUCACGAUCAACGAUGAAGACUUCCCGCAAAAGGCCUGCCAAUUGGCCGCGCUGCAGUUCUCCGCGGCGCGGCGGCUCUUACCGCGCCUCGACGAGAACGGCUCCUACACAUUCGUCGUCGGCGACGGCGCGGACGACAAGCGGUCGGCGCUCGGGGCCAUCAACCUGCGGGCCUGCCAGGGCAUCGCCGCGGCCUGCCGCCACGAAGCGAUCAUCGCCUGCAAGGUGAACGAGGUCAAGGUCCAGGUGGCCGCGGCGCCGGGCGACGAGGCGUCGUUCCUCGCGGGCCUCGGCAGCCUUACCGCGGGCGUCGCCGGCGCGGACGCGGCGGCCGCCGUCGACGUCUCCGAGGCGGGCCUCGCGGCGCUGCGCGCGUCGUACCCCGCGCGCGACGACCUGGGGGGAUCGGAGCCCGUCCAGCAGGCGGCCUAGGCAAGUUACUGUAACAUA